CCUAAAGUAAUGAAAACAUAUUUGUUUAGCAGCCAAGGUCUGUGUUUGGUAAGAAUCCGUCUAUCUUGACAUGAACAGGUGCCAAAAAUCUCACACCUUUAUGAAACCAAAACGUGACAUGCAGAUCAGAUCUGGGGUCAGCAGUCGACCUACACCAUAAAUACAGCAACACAACGCUGAACAUCACUGGUGCCCAGUAGAACAGGCAGGAAACAACUGAGAUCUACUCCUGGAUUUUACUCUGGCGAUUCUCCUUUGGUGUAAAUUUAGGUAAAAUUCAGAAUCUUUUCUACUUUUUUAAGGUUUUGCAGAAAGAUGAAGCUCCUCCAGGUGUUUUCCUUCACUCUGCUGUCCGUCCUGGUGGCCAACGCUCAGGUCAUCAUGCCUGACAGAUGCCCCAGCGCUGCUGUCCAGCAGAAUUUUGAUGCUGCCAGGUAUCUUGGUAAAUGGUUUGAAAUCCAGCGGAUGCCCCACACGUUCCAGAGCGGCCAGUGCAGCACCGCCACCUACAGCCUGGAGAGUCCUGGUGUUGUCGGAGUCAUCAACAGGGAGCUGCUUGCAAAUGGGACCAUUGAUGUGAUCACCGGCAUCGCCAAACCCGACCCCACUGAGCCCGCCAAGCUGCUGGUCUACUUCUUUGAGAACUCUCCGCCGUCUCCUUACUGGGUCCUGUCCACAGACUACGACAACUACGCUCUGGUCUACAGCUGCACCGACCUCGGCGUGCUCCACGCCGACUUCGUGUGGAUCCUGAGCAGGAAGCCCACUCUGCCUGACCAGACGCUGGAGGAGCUGCAUGGCGUCCUGCGGUCCAUCGGAGUCAGUGUGGACAAGCUGCUGGUCACCAACCAGGACGCAGAUUACUGCAGCCCCAUGAACCAGUAGAUUGAGAUUGUGGAGUUUGUAUUUAUUGAUGUAGAAUCUUUAUUUGAGUUUAAUUUAAUAAACUUGAGUGUCUUAAACAAACAAUGUGGGUCUCAGUGGUGUUCUACAUUUUUUUUUAGGCUUGUGGUUUUUUUAAUUGAAAGUGUCGCUUCAGAACAUAAAAGGUAAUGUUGAGCUUUGCCAACUAAAAAUCAUACAUGGACAUGUUUU